AUGGAGGAACUGCAGGCAAAACAUCGCAAAGAGCAACGCGAUCUCCAGGCUCGAAUAACCCAGAAGAAAAAGAACGCCACCAAGAAAACCCGCAAAGCCGUCAACGACGAGUGUGAUCGGCUGCAACAAGAUUUAAAGGCACAACAAGAGCUUGAAAUUGCACAACUAAAUGGAGACGCGGUUGCUACCACGACCGAAGAUUUAGAUAACCUCGCUCUGGGCAACGAUCAGGAAGCUGCGCCUGCCAAUACAGUCGCGAAGGUUGUUGAUGUAAUCGCGAAACCUACGCCUACACCUGUCCCAACACAAGAAAACAAUGAGAACACACGCUCAAAAAAGCCCAAUCGGCAAAAAGCGCGACUAGCCCGUCGGGAGGCAGAGAGAGCAGCUCAAGCAGAGAUCGCCGCGGAGGAAGCAGCAAAACAAACUGAUCAUCGCGGAAAUGAAAAAGAGACGAUGGAGGCCGCGUUUAAACGAUUAGGUCUACACGAAAUUGAAAUAAAUCCGGAUGGACAUUGUCUUUAUUCAGCAAUUGCAUGUCAACUGGAUAGCUUAGGAUUGGGGCUGAGGCCAGAUCCUGCCCGUAUUGUCUUGCAGCCAUCGACGCUCUCCCGAGUUGAUACGGUGACUUCACCCAAGCAUGACGGUUAUCGCGCCGUACGGGCGGUUACUGCAGACUAUAUAACGGAGCAUCAAGACGACUUUGUUCCUUUUAUGGAAGAUCCUGUGGAUGAAUAUGUCAAAAAGAUACGAUUAACAGCUGAAUGGGGUGGGCAGUUGGAGUUACAGGCCAUUGCUCGCGCUUACGGUGUGGAAAUAAAUGUUUUGCAAGGUGACGGACGGGUUGAGAAGAUUGAACCUGGACAUACAUACGGACUUGGAGAACAUUAUAAUGCAUUGGCACAGAACACGGUGGCCGCAUGA